AUGUUUGAUGAUAUAUCGUUACAAGAGGACGAUCUGGAGACGCUCGACCGCAAGCCCGUCGCAGUGGACCCGGACGAAAUCAACCACUAUGUGGACAUAGCCAACUUCAAGCUGCAUCGGUACCUCGACCGCCACAACGACAAGUUUAAGGACUUUUGGAAGCUCGACGAGAUACCCGAGAAAAACAACUUCUUCUACCACCACUUCCCAAAGGUGGCGACGAACCACGACAACGAGCACCAUGUGUCGAAUUUCGGCAUAUUCAUGGGCCAUUUUUACCUGGGGAGAUGGCUCCCCGACACGAUUCAAAAGCUUUUAUUUCCGUUAGAGCCUGUGGAGCGGAAACUGACCGCGAAAACGAUGCCCACCAUUGCUGAAUGCCGCCUUUGCGAGCGCCUGAAAGGCCAUUCGGUAUGGACGCGAACGGGCGAGUGGUUCUGCGUCGACGACACGGCAAAAUUGUCCCGCUCGGACGAGCUAGGACAAGCUUUUUUCCCCACAUAUAACGAUUUUUGCAAAUGGCGGAAAACCUAUGGCCAACGUCUGGAACAGAUGGAAAAACGCGCGUACGACACGCAGAACGUCGCGGCCGUGGAGCAGGAGCUCCUGCGCCUGGAAAAAAUGUGUUACGAAACCAAACUAGACCCUGCCAGUGUUCUCGCGGUGAAACGACGCUGA